GCUGACCGACCCGGGAGCGGCUCCGAGGACCCCACCGGCGGCGAGAUGAGCGCGGCGCACAACUGGACGACGGCGGCGGCGCCGGCGAACGCGACGUUGCCCGAGUGCGCGAACCACGACGCCGUUCACCGGCUGCACCUGGCCUGGAACGGGACGGUGCUGGCCGCCGCCCUGCCGCUCAACGCCGCCGCCCUCUGGGCCUUCGUGGGGCCGCUGCGCCUGCGGACGGCGGUGACCGUCUACCUGGCCAACCUGGCGGCCUGCGACCUGCUCUUCGCCCUGUCGCUCCCCCUGCGCCUCCACUACUACGCCACCGGCCGCUGGGCGCUGGGGGACGUGCUGUGCCGGCUGACCGGCUCCCUCUUCCAGCUGAACAUGUACGGCAGCUGCCUGUUCCUGACCGCCGUCAACGUGGACCGCUACCUGGCGCUGGCCUACCCGCUCCGCUCCCGGGCCUUCAACCGGCGCAGCGUCUCCUGGCGGGUGUGCGGCGCCGUCUGGGCCCUCAUCGCCCUGGGCUCGGUGCCCGUGGCCAUGGUGCACGACCCCAGCCGCUGCCGGCGGCCCGGGCCCGGCGGCGGCGUGCAGGCGCGCUGCUUCGAGGGCUUCUCCGACGGCACCUGGCGGCGGGAGCUCCUGCCGCUGGUGGCGGUGGCCGAGAUCCUGGGCUUCCUGCUGCCGCUGGCCGCCGUCCUCUACUGCUCGGCCCGGGUGCUGGAGGCCCUCUGGAAGGGCGGCGGCGGGCAGUGGAAGUGGCGGGGCAAGUGGAGGAGGAAGACGGUGCUCCUGCUGGUGGCCAACGCCCUCAUCUUCGUCGUCUGCUUCGCGCCCUACAACCUGGUUCUCGCCUUCUACGCGCUCGCCCGCUCCAACCUCCUCCAGCUCAGCCCGGUGUCGGAGAAGGCGCUGCGGAUGACCCUCCAGGUGACCGUGCUCCUGUCCGGCACCAACUGCUGCCUGGACCCGCUCGUCUACUACUACAGCACCGAGGGCUUCCGGGCCACCUUCCGGGGCAGGGCGGCGGCGGCGACGGGGGCCCUCUCCGCGCCGACCAGCCGCGCCCGCAGCCACCACACCGAGGCGAGCAGGAUGGUGCGGCUGGAGCCGGCGAGGGAGAGGCGCGGGGAGAGCGUUGUCUGACGCCGGCGGCCGGGCCCCGGUCGGCUUUCUACCCUCCCCGUCUCGUCUCCCGGAGAACCUUAACGGGUCGCAACCCUUCCCCGCCACCCCCCCCCCCCCCCAGGACCUCCCGGGCUUCGCGCACAGUUGCAAUGGGCU